ACCAAAACACGGGGCUAGCAUGAAACCUCACAUCACUUCAACACCACCAACAUUAUCAUUACGUGUAGCAUGUUAACUAGCAAGUGAAUAACCGGGACACUAAUGUUAGCUAUCUAACACAACACCAUGAAUUUAAGGGGACUCUUUCAGGACUUCAAUCCCAGUAAGUUCCUGAUCUACUCGUGCCUGCUGCUGUUCUCCGUGUUGCUGUCACUGAGGCUGGAUGGAGUCAUCCAGUGGAGCUACUGGGCCGUGUUCACCCCAAUAUGGCUGUGGAAACUAUUGGUCAUCAUCGGGGCCUCUGUGGGAACUGGAGUCUGGGCACACAACCCCCAGUACAGAGCUGAAGGGGAGACGUGUGUGGAGUUUAAGGCCAUGCUGAUCGCGGUUGGGCUCCACGUUCUGCUGCUGAUGUUCGAGGUGUUGGUGUGUGACCGCGUGGCGAGAGGAAACUACUUCUGGCUCCUCGUCUUCAUGCCUCUCUUCUUCGUGUCGCCCGUCUCUGUAGCAGCCUGCGUCUGGGGCUUCAGACACGACCGCUCCCUCGAGCUGGAGGUGUUGUGUUCAGUAAACAUCCUCCAGUUCAUCUUCAUCGCUCUGAGGCUCGACAGGAUCAUCAACUGGCCCUGGCUGGUGGUGUGUGUCCCACUCUGGAUCCUGAUGUCCUUCCUGUGCCUUGUCGUCCUGUACUACAUCAUCUGGUCGGUCCUCUUCCUCCGCUCCAUCGACAUCAUUGCCGAGCAACGGCGGACUCACAUCACCAUGGCAAUCAGCUGGAUGACCAUCGUGGUGCCCCUCCUCACCUUCGAGAUCCUUCUGGUGCACAAACUAGACGGCCACAACAGUCUGAGCUACGUGUGUGUGUUCGUGCCUCUGUGGCUCUCGCUGCUGACGCUCAUGGCUACAACAUUUGGUCAGAAAGGAGGAAACCACUGGUGGUUUGGCAUCCGUAAGGACUUCUGCCACUUCCUUUUGGAGCUCCUCCCCUUCCUGCGCGAGUACGGCAACGUCUCCUACGACCUCCAACGCAGCGACGACCCCGAGGCGGCCGAAGAUCUGCCCGUCCCCGAGCCGCCCCCGAAGAUCGCCCCCAUGUUCCACAAGAAGACGGGCGUGGUGAUCACGCAGAGCCCCGGGAAAUACUUCGUCCCGCCGCCUAAACUCUGCAUCGACAUGCCCGACUAACCAACCGCCGCAGACACACGCGUGCUGCUGUUCCUGAGUCAGGAAGCCAAACAAAAACAGCAGAGGACGUUUUGAGGGUUUUAUUGUUUUUAAAACCUGCUGUCCUGUGAAGGAUUUUGGGGGUCGCCUCACGUGGACUCUGCAUCAGCCAGAGGUGUCAAAUUAGAGCCAAUGCGGUGACAGAUGACCCCCCUCUCCUCCUCCUCCUCCUCCUCCUCCUCCUCCUUCCCUAAAUCUAUCAAACUUAGCAGACUUUGUUUUCUCACCUGCUUGGUGAAGCGUCACUGUUGCUUACUCCAAAUGUUAUCCUUUUUUUGGGGGGAGGAGGGUAAAAAGAAACUGAACUGACCACAUCGUCUCAUGAUAAACAUUUGAGUCGACACAACUGACAAGAGCUGGAUUUUGCUCUGGACUUUUAAAAUAUGUUGACUCUGUAAAACAGCAGGUAGAUCUCUGCUUUAGGUUCAAACGAGCGUCCAUCAGAAAAAAAGAGUGACGCCCGUCCUUUUCUUCGUGUUGGGGGACCAUCGGAGAAACCUCUCUAGCUUGAAUUCGGGAUCGGUGUAACCCUGUUGCUCCUGUUCCCAUUCUGGACCAUGCAGUUGGAGAAAGACGAGUGUGUGUGUGUGUGUGUGUGUACGCGCGGUUUAAAGGAAAAGUUCGGAUUUUUCCUCGUCUUUGUACAACACUCAUUUAAGCCUAUGUGUACUUUAAAUUAAGCUGCUGGUCUCUGUUUUCCUUCCUCUUCUAUAUCGGCCGUGAAGCGAUAACACUCCCAGUGUUUCCAGAUGAAUUAAAGACACUGGUCCCCCCCCCCCCCCCCCGGAGCUGGUUUAAGGAGGAAUCUCUUUAAACAGGGCCUUGAGGAACAAUUACAGCCACGAGUAACAGCUGUAAAUGUACAAUCGGCACCGGAGUAUUGUUUUAAAAACACUUGGAAAAAAUCUUCUCCUGUCCUUUAAAAGAAAGAAGAAGAAAAAAACAGAAUAAUGGAAAUGGCACUUUGUUAACUUCUUCCAAGAGUAGUCCUGUCUUUUUUUUUUCUUUUUGUAUUCCUGAUUAUCAUUAUUAUUAUUAUUAUUAUUAUUUUGUAAAUAACAGAAGUUGUCAAGUUAGGGACCAGAGUGGAGAUGGCAGGAUUUUAAAAAAAAGAGGUAAAAGGCAGACCUGGGAAAAAACAGUUUAAACAAAAACAAAAAAGGAGUCAUUGUAAUCAUUCUCUCCCGUUUUAAGGGUUAGGAUUAGUGCAAGUGAUCAAGAAUCAUUACAUAACAUCAAUACUUCAUUAAACAAAGUUUGUAAAACACAAUAGAGUCCUGUAAUUGGCUUUUUUUUUUUUUCCUUUCCUCCUUUUUUUUAUUAUCCGAACUUCCUUCCAAACAUAAUCUCACAGUAUGCAGCCGAUACUGUACCGACUCUCUGUAGCUCCCAGUGUGGGACUCAAAGCUCAUGUGUAGAAUGUUGAUGUGAUUAAGCAGCUUUCACGUUAUUCUGGUUGUUGAGAAGAAGAAAAAAAAGAAGACGAUUCCUGUUUUUUGAGGAGGAAGAGGAGGGUUGGACGUGUUUUACCAUCUGUGCUGCGUCUUAUUUUCCAGCUACGAGACAUCAAAUCGUACACAUAUCAGCUUUGACUUGAUGAAACAGCAAUGAAAAAAAAAAAAGAAAGUUGAAGGUACAUUUUUAUUUAGAUCUGAUGAGUAGAGAGAGUAUAACUCCUGAUACCCCCCCCCCCCCAUGUGUGUGUGUGUGUGUGUGUGUAUGUGCACAUUGCCAGAUUUCCUCAAAUGUAUCGACGUACUCAGAAAAAAGCAAAAACAUUCAUCCCCAUCUUCUUUUUUUUGUCUGUUUUUUUUUUUGACAGCCUGAUCGCUGGAUUGUCCGGCUUCCUGUGUGUAACUUUGUUUUCUACAUAUUGUCUUUUUUUUCUCCCCAUUAAAUCGGUCUGAUUUACUCAUUACUCUCCAUUUAUGCUGAAAGUUGAGCAACUCUGUUUUUCUUCUUCAGACGUCGCUUUUUCUUAAAAAAAAAAGAGUAUAUUUAUUUUAGAAGUAUAUUAAGAAGAGAAAAAGAUCCAUUCUCAAAUUGUUCUGCUUGAUUUUUCAAAUUUCUUCUUGUAUGACCAUUGAUCAUUGUUAUUUGUGAUGAUGAUGAUGAUGAUGAUGAUGAUGAUGUGCAUUGUACGGGACUGACACUUAAAAUCUGACAAGCGUUUGCUGGAUUCUCUCCGAUUAAAACUCAAGAAAUGCUGAAA